GGACAGGGUGGCGCCAGCAGGACCUUGAGAGGAGGCAGGAGACCCGAGAUAGGCGGGUUAGAGCAGAGACAGGCACCUGGCAAACCUCACCUGAGGACGCCAAGGCCAUCCUUGUCCUGUUGAGCCUCUUCCCCGCCUGUGCUGGAAGGAUUCUCACCUUGUGCCCCGACCUCAGCCUCCUUUCCAAGCCCCGCUGAGGAGUGACUCACUUCUGGGCCUCCAUCCACAUAGCCUCCGCCUGGCAGCUCACAAGCCCCUGGUCCAAGGCCUGCUGCCUUCACCAUGGUGAAGUUGCUGCCCGCCCAGGAGGCAGCCAAGAUCUACCACACCAACUAUGUGCGGAACUCACGGGCGGUGGGUGUGAUGUGGGGCACGCUCACCAUCUGCUUUUCCGUGCUGGUCAUGGCCCUCUUCAUCCAGCCCUACUGGAUCGGUGACAGCGUCAAUACGCCCCAGGCGGGCUAUUUCGGCCUUUUCUCCUACUGCGUGGGCAACGUGCUCUCUUCCGAGCUCAUCUGCAAGGGCGGCCCUCUGGACUUCUCCUCCAUCCCUUCCAGAGCCUUCAAGACAGCCAUGUUCUUCGUGGCCUUGGCCAUGUUUCUCAUCAUUGGCUCCAUCAUCUGUUUCAGUCUAUUCUUCAUCUGCAACUCGGCCACUGUCUACAAGAUCUGUGCGUGGAUGCAGCUGGCUGCAGCCACAGGUUUAAUGAUAGGCUGCCUGGUCUACCCAGACGGCUGGGACUCAAGUGAGGUGCGACGCAUGUGUGGGGAGCAGACAGGCAAGUACACUCUGGGCCACUGUACCAUCCGCUGGGCCUUCAUGCUGGCCAUCCUCAGCAUCGGCGAUGCCCUCAUCCUCUCCUUCUUGGCUUUUGUUUUGGGCUACCGGCAGGACAAGCUCCUCCCUGAUGACUACAAGGCAGAUGGAAAAGGUAAAUUACCCUCCUCCACAGUGUGUCACCUGCCUGGGGAUCCUAGGUGGGCAGAUAGACAUAGCCCUAGUCCCCCUAAGCAAGUGCUCUAUGACUGA